GCCUCGCACUCUCACCACCACCACGACGCUCACCAUGCACCCGCAACUCGCACUGCACCGCCAGUCGCUGCACGACCGCGAGGCCUUCUGGCUGCGCGCCGCCCGCGACAUCCACUGGCACCAGCCGCCGAGCGUCGCCUACGGCAAGACAACGCUCAGCGAGCAGGCCGCGCCGUACGCACAGGGCGACGGCACCUGGUUCCCGAAUGCACAGCUCAACACCUGCUUCAACGCCCUCGACCGCCACGUCUACCCGCCGCCGACGGCCUCGGCGCCGCCGCUGACGCCCAGCCCGCACACGCCGCACCUGGCGUCGGACCCGGCACGCGCGGCGCGCAUCGCCUUCCACCACGUCUCGCCGCUGCCGUUCCAGAAGCAGCAGUACCGCAGCAUCACCUACGGCGAGGCCCUCGAGACGGUGCAGACGCUCGCCGGCGUGCUCAAGGCGCACGGGCUGAAGAAGGGCGAUGUGGUCGUCAUCUACAUGCCCAUGAUCCCCGAGACGGCGCUGGCGAUGCUGGCGUGUGCGCGUCUUGGCGUCGUGCACUCCGUCGUCUUCGGCGGCUUUGCGCCCAAGGAGCUGGCAAAGCGCAUCGAGGACUCCAAGUGCCGUUUCGUCAUUGCCGCCUCGUGCGGUCUCGAGCCCAAAGGCCCGGUGGCAUACAAGCCACUCGUGGACGGUGCGCUCGGGCACUCGAAGCACAAGCCCGAGGGCCUGCUCUUCCUGCGCCGCCACACGAUCCAGGGCCAUGAGCCGCCGGUUGUGAACCCCAAGGGCGCAGCGGGCGUGCGGGAGUUGGACUGGGACGAGGAAAUCAAGCUGGUGCGCGACGGCGUCGACGGGCGGCACAAGUGCUGGAGCUGCAUUCCUGUGGCGUCAGAGGAGCCGGUCUACACGCUUUACACCUCUGGCACGACAGGAGCGCCCAAGGGUGCAACUCGCCUCACUGGUGGACACGCGGUGGCGCUGCGCUACAGCAUCCAGCACACGUUCGGCAUGACGCCCUCAGAUGUGAUGCUCUGCGCCUCUGAUCUCGGCUGGGUCGUGGGUCACUCGUACAUCCUCUACGCGCCGCUGCUCCUCGGUGCCUCGACGGUCAUCUUCGAGGGCAAGCCCGUCACGCCGGACGCAGGCAUCCUGUGGCGCACCAUCUCGACGCUCGGCGUCACGCACCUCUUCACGGCGCCGACAGCUUUGCGCGCAGUCCGCGGCGCAGACCCCGACGCAGCGCUGAUGCGCGCUCCCGGCGUGUCGCUGCGGUCACUCCGCACGCUAUUCCUUGCAGGCGAGAGGAGCGAGCCGAGCAUCGUCGAGUUCUACCGCGACACGCUCAAGGAGCUGGGCGCAGUGGGCGCGACUGUCAACGACAACUACUGGUCUACUGAGAGCGGCAGCCCGAUCACUGCGCUGUGUCUCGGCUCCGGCUGGGCGCCGCUCGAGUGCCGGCCUGGCUCGGCAGGUCUGCCACAGAUGGGCAUGGAUGUGCGUAUCGUCGACGACCAAGGCAAGGAGGUGAAGCAGGGCGAGAUGGGCAACCUGGUGCUUGCGCAGCCGCUGGCGCCCUCGUACCUCGGCGGCCUGUGGAACAACAUGGCCGGCUACCGCUCGGCGUACACGAGCCGCUUCGAGAAGAUGGGCGGCUGGUUCGACACGGGCGAUGCCGCGGUCAUGGACCCGGAUGGCUACAUCUCGAUUCUCGCACGUGCAGACGACAUCAUCCAGGUCGCAGGCCACCGGAUGGGCACGGGUUUGCUCGAGCAAGUGCUUGCGUCGCACCCGCAGAUCACAGAAGCAUGCGUCGUCGGCGCGCCAGACAAGAUGAAGGGCAACGUGCCAUUCGCCUUGGCCGUCGCGCGUGCCGGUGCACCGACAGACACGGCCGCGCUGCUCAAGGACCUCAACGAGCACCUGCGCACAGAAGUCGGGCCCAUCUCUCGUGAGUCCGGCAUCACGCCUCUGCACGUCUGGCCGCUCACGCCUGUCCGCCGCAGAGCUUGGCGCCAUCGUUCUCACGAGCGCGCUGCCGAAGACGCGCAGCGGCAAGACACUGCGCAAGACGGUGCGCAAGAUCGUCGAGCAGGCGGCAGAGGGCCAGCGCAGCACCGAGGAGUCGCUGCAGAGCGUGCUGCCGCCGACGAUCGACGAUGUGUCGGCCGUGCACAAGGCCGUGGAGGCCAUCGAGCGGCACUUUGGCCUGAAGACGAAGCUCUAAGCUCCCUCCCUGUAUCAGUGAAGCGCUCCCAAUGCUACGAUGUGCCACUGUCGCUGCAAUGCGCGUGCAAGAGCAAGGUGAUGCACAGAGGCCCACGAAGGGCAUACAUUAGCGUGUCCCAGAGCGCAAGCCCGUCCCCUCUGUCCAUCUCCUGCACGAGCCCUUGAAUCGGUGCGCUGUGGAGCGGCUGCGGAAGCGGCGUCGUGUACCAGGCUGCACAGCAUCAUGACCACGUGCGUGAUGCGCAGCAGCCCUCCA